AGAGUGGAUAAAGAAAGCUGACGAGGGUGUUCCUGGAGAGAAAAGAAAGCGAAAUAGUCAAAAGAUAUUUGAGCUUAUUGAAGUUGCUGUUGCAAACGAUACCUUCAAAAUUACUCGUGCCUGAACAAAAUAAAAAUUUGACACAGGUAUCAUUUUUUUUUCUUUGUUCUCAAAAAACUUACAUUUCGGAUGUCCAUAGCAUGAGAGGCAUUUUCUUGAAAAAUUUGCGCACUGCUCGGUCGGCAUGCUCAAUUCGCGCCAUGACGACUCCCACACAUUCAUUGAGGCAUUCAGAAACAGAGCUGGCUCGAAUUCAUGCAAUGUUAAAUAACGCUCGAGAGACCGCUACCAGGAAGCCAGAUCCAUCCUCAGCCCUCAGCCGAAGCGAAGGGCCAGUAAUGGAAAUAUUAGACUUUUUAAAGACUAAACCACCCACAAAAGCUCCUCCAGUCAUCUCAGAUACGGCACCUGUACAAGGCUGCAAAGACGAACGAAUAAAGGAAAUGCUAGAUCUCGUUAUGAGGAGAUCUCGCUCACAAGUGUCUUUAGCCACCUCGGAUACCGCACCUUUAUAUGUCAUGGAUCCUUCAUAUGAAAAAAUUGAUGCUCUAAUACAGCAUAAUAGAGCUUACGAAAGCCUAGAUUCAAUUUGUACUGCAAGGGAUUCCUCCAGAGCUUUGUCAAGAUUCGCCGACAUGAAAAGCUCACAAAAGCGCACAGCAUUGUGUUCCCUUUCAUCUAAUAACUUUCAGUGGAUGCUACAGCAGAUAUGGACUAAAUAUGGAGGCGAUGCUGCUACAACAUUGGUUUUUAGAAUGCUUCGCAAGACCAUUAAGCGGCCUGCUGAUAAAUAUCUCCUGCAUUCUGCUAUUGUUGUUAUGCUGAAAAAUCAUGACAUGGAUGGAGCUUUCAGACUAUGGAACCAUCUGGAUACAUAUGACACCCCUGCACAACCUUGGCUAUAUAGGCUGGCUAUCAAGCAGUUCAUCGGCAUUGGGCAGGUUGAUCAAGCGCUACAUAUGUAUACUGUCAUGAAAGAGCAAAGCGAUCCACCAAUUGAGAAGUCUGCUGAACUGCUCCUGCGAGCAAUGUUGCGCGAGCGCCUUUAUGAAAACAUAGAGACGGUUGCCGACGAUCUUUGCAAUGUUUUAAUGGAGCCGGCCGAUCCACGCCUACUGGAACUUCUGCUGAAUGCUUACAGCAAGGCAGGAAAUAUCGCACGCAUGCAGGACAUGUGUUCAUAUCUAGUUGACCAAGAAAUUCAACCUCGAGCACCCAUCAUUUCCAUCAUGGUUUCAGCGUACAUGAAGAGUGGAAUGCGCGAUGAAGCGUUGGAUAUGGUCGAAUUACUGCUACAGACAUAUGACAAAAUGGACGACAAAAUACAGCGUAUAUUGAUCAGUACUAUACUAUAUGCUUCCGGCCCAAAGGAUGCAAUGCAACUACUGGAGCUGUUGGACUCGCAUAAAUUACUACGUUCUUGUCGAUGCCAUGUAAUACUAUCCUCGGCAUAUGCCCACGCCCAGCAACACGAGAAAGUUGGCGAACUGUUCGAACGAGCGGAAGAGAUUAAUCUUGAAAUAACACCGCCUUUCUUCACGCUGGCAAUAAACAGUGCGUUGAAGCUCAACAAUUUAUCGCGAGCAAAGAUACUUUUAUCAAGGUGUGAAGCAUUCUUGAAGAAAGGCGAGAUGCGUAAGGAGACGUUUUACACUCUUCAACUUAAUCUUCAUUCUCGAGAAGGCCGACACGACAAAGUCAAACAUCUCUGGGACACUGAGUUGAAGCAUUCAGCUAGUCGAAGUGUUGCACUCAGCUUGUACAUAGACUCGGCUGGUCACAACUGCAAAGCAAGCACAGUUGUUGAAUUAUGGAAAAGCUUGGAGGCUGAUGGUUACGAUCUAAACAAUGAAAACCUCAUCAAUUCGUAUUUGGAAGCACUGCUAAGAACUGGCCAUCACGAUUUAGCCUUGCAAGUAUUCAAGAGAGAGUUUCAAAAACGAUCGAUUACACCAACAACAAAGACUUUGAUUACAGUUUUGCAACCCUUUGUCAUGAAGCAGAACAUCGCACUGAUAAGGAAGCUAAAAACUUUCAUUUUCCACACAUACCCUUCUGUUAUACCUGCUUGGCAAAGCGUUCAAGAGAUGUUGGAGGAUCAGCUAAAGAAAAGCAGCAGUAAUAGUCACAAGAAAUCUCGCAAAAGUCACUAAACAUAAAGCUACAAAGACUACCGAGGUUUGGUUUCAUGAAAUGCUGUUAUUAACAUGUAAAGAAAAAAAUAUCACUUGUAAAAAGAAAAAACCGAUC